AUGAAAACGACUUGGAUAAAAAGAAAGUCUUUUAUUUUAGAAGAAAUUCAAACAAAAAAGAAUAAAUUUCAGCAAUUUGGAAUUACUGUCGCCGGAGGAAAUGGACAAGGAAAGAAACUAAAUCAACUCAGUUGGCCUGAAGGAAUCUUUAUUGGUAAUGAUAAAUCAAUUUAUAUUGCUGAUUAUUGUAAUAGUCGUAUUGUUCAAUGGAAAUUGAAUUCAAAUACUGGUCAAAAAAACAUUCCAGGUAGAAAUCAAAAUAAUCAAUUGGAUAAUCCAACAGAUAUAGUUUUUGAUAAAGAAAAUAAUUCUUUUAUCAUUUCUGAUGCGGGAAACGAACGAGUGAUCCGAUAUUUUGAUAAAAAUCAACAAGUUUUUAUUUCAAAUAUUGAUUGUUGGGGUCUGACAAUCGAUAAAAAUGGAUUUAUUUAUGUUUCUGAUUGGGGGAAUCAUGAAGUAAGACGAUGGAAACAAGGAGAUAAGCAAGGUGAAUUAGUUGCAGGCGGAAAUGGUCAAGGAAAUCAACUUAAUCAACUCAAUAAUCCUACUUAUAUCUUUAUUGAUGACGAAUAUUCUCUUUAUAUAUCAGAUUUUAAUAAUCAUCGUGUAAUGAAAUGGAAAAAAGAUGCAAAAGAAGGAAUUAUUGUUGCUGGUGGAAAUGGUAAAGGAUAUAGUCUCAAACAAUUGUAUUAUCCUAGAGGAGUGAUUGUUGAUCAUUUAGGUCAAAUCUAUGUAGCAGACGAAAGGAAUCAUCGAAUAAUGCGUUGGUGUGAAGGAGAUGAAGAAGGUGAAGUUGUUGUUGGUGGAAAUGGUCUAGGAAAUCAAUCAAAUCAAUUGAAUUCCCCUAGAAGUUUAUCAUUUGAUAAUGAAGAAAAUCUUUAUGUUGGUGAUUGGUUCAACCAUCGAGUUCAAAAAUAUGAAAAAAUUUGA